GGCACAACCGCGACGCAAAAUCGGCAACACUGUGCAACUUCCUCCCUAAAAAAACAAUAAAAUGCAAAAAACUCUCGAGAAGCUGCGGAAGAUGUGCCUGGCUGCCGAGUUUCGGCAGGUCUACGGGCUUAUCCUCGAUGUUCACGUGGACAGGCAACCUCUACUACGUUCUUGAGGGUCGCCGCUCGCCCCACCAUGAACUGGGACCAGGAGAUCCGCGCCGAGCCGUCCUGAGACCUCGGACCGUCCGACUAUGUUCACCCUCAAAGAACUGGCCCGAUGGCUGGGCAUGACAGUCUUCGAGAUGUUCGUGCACCUGAUUUCCGUGAUGCUGUUCUCGCUGAUGGUGGUGCUGAAGCUCGACAGCGCCCUGGACAUCUCGUGGUGGACGGUGUUCGUGUCGCUCUUUAUCUGCGACGGCCUCAACGCCUACUUCUGCGUGAUCGUCUUCAUCCGCCAGUACAUCGAAGGCGUGUACAAGGCGGGCGCGUUCCGUGCGCUCUGGAGUUUCGUCCAGCUUUUGCUCAUGUUCCUCUUCAAACUGCUGCUCUGCCUCAAGCUGGAAGGACAGCGCCAUCUCGUCUAUUCCGAAGUCUUCACCCCCCUUUUUAUACUCCUGAUGCUCGUAAUGGUGCGCGCUUGCCAACUGCACUAGCACCUCGGGGUUUGAGUCUUGCGUUCUGGUGCCUCUGUUGCGCCGUUGUUUAGAGUCAGUCUGCUACAAUAUGGCUGCCUGAAAUGCACGACUAGUCCGAUUGGUUGUACGCCCCUCUAUGUGCCACCGAAGUGUGACCAAUCGUGUGCCGAUGGCAAAGGUAGGGCGAAUCUGAUUCGUCGCCUUAUCGUGCGUCUUUAAAAUGUGGCCAAUGACAGCCCAGUGACCUCUCGUUCGGGUCACUGCACUAGACUACUACUAUUACUACUAGAUCCAAAACGCGUCGCGAUUUUGGUACUUGUAAGGUGGCCGCCUCACAACCUCAUGUCAGUAGCAGGACAAGUCAUUUGUAUCAUCCUGCAGCAGAGGUCUUUUUGUUUUGUCUUCCCUUUUUUACAAAGUUGUUGCAAACACUGAGGCUCAAAGAAAGAAAGAAAGUCUUUUCGAAGUUUUGAAAUAUGCUAUUCCACUUUCAGUCAGCAGCCAUAUUGUAGUUUCUGAAGCACAAGGGCUAGUGUAAUCCACGUUACUAUAAACGGGCAUGAUGGAGCUACUGCUCGAGACUUGCCGUUGUACAGUUAAAAGAGAGGAAAUUUUCGGCUUGCAGUUUGAAUGACGUUACUGCUAUGAAUACUGCUACUACCACUACUACUACCUUUGUUAUGCCACAAGUAAUACAAACUACAAGAAGAAGCAUUUGUAAAUACCUGUACAAUUUCGUUUUCUUUUUUGAUAAAAAGUAUUUAUUGACUUUG